AUGGUCUCAGAGUCCCAGCAACACCCAGAGAAAGGUCUCAGCACCCAGCAACAUCAGGAAAAGGUCUCAACACCCAGCAACACUCAGGGAAGGUCUCAGUACCCAGCAACACCAGAGGUACGUCUCAGCACCCAGCAACACGGGAGAGGUUUCAGCACCGUGGAACACCAGGGAGGUCUCAGCACCGUGGAACACCCAGGGAGGUCUCAGCACCAUGGAACACCAGGAGGUCUCAGCACCAUGGAACACCAGGGGAGGUCUCAGCACCAUGGAACACCAGGGAGGUCUCAGCACCAUGGAAUACCAAGGGAGGUCUCAGCACCAUGGAACACCAGGGAGGCUCAGCACCAUGGAACACCAGGGAGGUCUCAGCACCAUGGAACACCAGGGGAGGUCUCAGCACCAUGGAACACCAGGGGAGGUCUCAGCACCAUGGAACACCAGGGAGGUCUCAGCACCAUGGAACACCAGGAGGUCUCAGCACCAUGGAACACCAGGGAGGUCUCAGCAUCAUGGAACACCAGGGAGGUCUCAGCACCAUGGAACACCAGGGGAGGUCUCAGCACCAUGGAAUACCAGGGAGGUCUCAGCACCAUGGAACACCAGGGAGGUCUCAGCAUCAUGGAACACCAGGGAGGUCUCAGCACCAUGGAACACCAGGGAGGUCUCAGCACCUAG